UUCCUAUCUGUUACCAUGUGUGUGUGGGGUGUUUCUUUUUUCCCUUCUUUUUUUUUUGGCAAUAAUCAUGAGGCUUCACUGAGAGAGUGAGAGAGAGAGAAAGCGAGGGAGCACUGAGUCAAGACACGGAUGGAUUCAGUUCUUCUCUGGAGUCUCUUCAGCCGGACAGGGAGUCUAACUGCUUACUAACCCUCUGCAAUGAGGCUAAUCCGUCUCGUAUCCGUUUUCCGCACCCCGCGAGCUACCACACGGUUCCUGGAUGGACCUGGGCGAGCACAGCUGGUCCACAGUCAAGCGUGAAGUGUCCAGUAACCCGGGCUCGCCGUCCGAGCAGAUCUGCGUUCACGGCGAGCGCAGGGACGAUUUGAGGACGUCGCCUCUGGACCCAGCGGGGAGUCGGCGCGCAGACACGCGGCCGCUGGCCUCCUACGCCGCCUUCGGUCACCCAGUGAGCUCGGACGAGGUGCCGCUGUUCGCGGAUCUAGACCAGGCCGCUAAGCUGAGCGCGCACAAGACCGCCGGAAUCGUGGUGGACCCAGGCGACAUGUAUUCGACGCUGGCCGCCUACGAGUCGCCGUCGGCGGCUUACAUGCACUCCAGUCCAAACUCGCCGGUGUACGUGCCGACCUCGCGCGUCGGCCCGAUGAUCCCGAGUCUGCCUUACCUGCAGCCGAGCGCGGCGGCGUCGCAACCGAGCCACGCGGUCAGCAGUCACGCUGCCUGGUCACAGCCCGCGCCCGAGAGCCCGUCGUCCUACAGCACCGGGAGCCCACACGCCACCUCCACUCGCUUUCACUACUCGCCAAGCCCGCCCGUGAACAACGGCACGGCAAGGGACUCGACCUACCAGAGCGCACUGAACGCCAGCGGCAGGGAGCAGUUCCUGUCGCGACCCCUGAGCGGCUCCUACAGCGGGCCGUACGCGCCCUACGUGGGAGCGCAGCUGCCCCAGAUCCCCACCGCCUGGCCCGCCGGACCCUUCGAUAACUCCAUGCUGCAUUCAUUACAGAGCCGAGCGGCGCCGCUCUCCAUCCGGCCCGGACCUACAGACUUUCUCGAGGACGCGAUGGAGAGUCGAGAGUGCGUGAACUGCGGCUCCAUCUCCACCCCGCUGUGGAGACGCGACGGCACCGGGCACUUUCUCUGCAACGCCUGCGGCCUGUACAGCAAAAUGAACGGCCUGAGCCGACCAUUAAUUAAACCCCAGAAGCGCAUGUCAUCUUCUAGAAGAGUCGGUCUUUCCUGUGCAAACUGCCAGACCAGUACCACGACCCUGUGGCGCAGAAACGCAGAGGGGGAACCGGUGUGCAACGCAUGCGGACUCUACACUAAAUUACACGGGGUACCACGGCCACUGGCUAUGAAGAAGGAAGGCAUUCAGACGAGGAAAAGAAAACCGAAAAACUUGAACAAGACAAAAGGAUCGUCCGCAGGAAGCAGCUCUGUCCCCGUGACUCCAACAUCAUCAUCAUCUUCUGCAUCUGAAGAAAACUCAAAGAACAGUCCUCCAUCUGCGCAGGUGGCCGUGACCUCGGUGAAUUCCUCCGCUAUGGUGGGUCAUAUAGAAGUCCCAGGCACCACAAGCUCCAUCGUGAAGUACCCCGGCCAGGAGGGUCUGUACAGUAACGUGGGAUUAAUGUCCACUGGUGACGUGGCAGCGUCUGUACGAGGUGACACGUGGUGUCCCAUGGCUCUGGCCUGACACUGACCUGUGUGGAAUUAAAAAGCUCCUCAUCGCUCUACUCUACAUCAUCCCUGGCAUUCAUUUGUAAAAUGGCUGCUUUCAUCACGGUCCUGGAGUCGCCCUUAGAAAAAGAAAAACCUUGCUCAUGCUCGUGACUUUUCUUCGGCUUUGGAGAGCUUGUGCAAAAAAACAAAAAACAAAAAAAAAAUCCUUCUACUCCAAUUUUUUUUGGAAAUACACUCUCUGGAUGUUAAUAAUCAAGAAUACUAGUGCCGAUCCACAACGUGCCUUUGGUACUGUUUUUUUUUUUUUUUUAAAACCACAAACAGCACUACGAGUGUCGGUCCGAGGAGUAUGUGGAUCAAAACCUGUUUGAUUUUUUUCCCAGUUGGAAAAAAAUCGAAAAUUGACUGGAUUGGAUCGGAUUGCGUCAGAAGAGAAAUCAUUUCCAUCAGUUUUUCUUCUCUCAGUUUAACGGAAAGCGUUUUUCGUUUUUGAAUGACAAAAUUUUGAAAUCGUUCAAACUGGAAUCAAAGAUUAUACCAACCCCGCCCUCCCUCCCUCCCUCCCUCCGUCCCUCCCUCCGUCAUGAAUGAAUGAAAUUGUAUUUAUAAUGCCGGCUGUUGAAGAUUAAUGCUUAUAUUUGUCAAAUAAAGAUAAAGUCUGGUAGUGUAGGACCGAAGCCUGGUUCCUUGUUUUUAAGUCUCGCUGUUUAUGAGAUUCAUGUCUGCGUUUGCUGUUGGUGUAUCUGAUCCAUCCUAAUCUGCACAGGAUCUUCUGUUUUAAAAAAAAAAAAAAGAAAGAAAAGAAAAGAAAAAAAAGAAAAAGAAAAAAAAAGCUCUUAUUCAAUUGGACUGUAAUUGUUAAGGUUUAAUACAGGGUAUCUGGUUGCUUUUUAGCUCCUUGUUUGAUUCUUUCCAAUCAAAUCAAAAAAGUGUGAUUUUUAGUGUUAAAUGGUACUUUGACUUUUGUUGUGCUGAUUACGGUGGACUGAAAGGAUGAAAAUUUCAUACUUCAUUUUCAAUCACGAAUACAAACAAAACAACUCUAGACAAUAUCUCUCAGAACAAACAAACAAACAAACUGCACUCAGGAAAUCUUUUCUGAUGCUUUUUUUUGUUACAAAAGGUUUUGGUUUUUUUCCCUUGCUAUAAGACCUAACUACCUAACUUAACACAUUGGUAUGCAAAUACUAUAAUAUUUUUUAUUUGAAUUUAUUUGUUUAUUCUUUUCUUUUUUUUUUUUCUUCUCACAAUGAAAUAUACUGAAAUAUAUUCUUUACGAAAUGAUGUUUGGAUUUUGGUUUGAUCAUUUAGAGUGAUUUUUCUUGCUUCUCGUUGCUUAUCAUCCCGGCCGACAGAUAAGCUGUUAGAAUAACUCACGACCCGGGCGACUCUCUCGUGAGCGAGUCGGAUCCCAGAUGGAGGCUCAAGAGCUUGAAAGUAGAUACACGCUUAUCCCUGAAUGAUUCAUUUAGACGCGUCUGGACUUUAAGUAGAGUCUCUGGAGCACUAGGAGGACCUUUAGUGGAGAAGCCGAACUUCUCUUAGUGAAGUGGGAGAGCUUUUAUUUUUAUGCCGUGUGUAAGUGUGUGUGUGUGUGUGUGUCUGAGAGAGAGAGAGAGAGAGAGAGAGAGAGAGAGUAAUACAAGCAACAUUUGACCACAAUCCAUACUUUUUUCUUUUUUGUUUCUAUAAAUCUGUAGAGUUAUUUAUUUCUCUUAAAAAAAUGUGGUGUGUUUCUCCUUUUGUUGUUUUCUUAUUUUAUUUUAUUUGGCAUUAAUGUAUUUGUACAUUUUACAGCUCUAUUUGUUGAGGAGAUCAUUUCAUUUGACAUGAUCACAGAAGGCUUCUACUUCUUGUUUUCUCUAUCGAAAUAACAAAGAAAAAAAAAGGUUGCAAUGUUAUUUUUUUUAUCCUCAGCCCAUUUGAUUUGUCCUGAACGCACAUGGAAGACAUUUUGUACAUUUCUUUUAUGUCCUUUGUCGUGUGCUGAACAGACUUUCUCGAGCGAAGGCAUUGUCGUAUGUCUAUUUGUAAUCCAAUCAUUUUCCUGCGAAUGUUGCAGUUGCAGCGAGUUCAUCCACACUGGACAAAUAAUAAUAAUUAUUAUAAUAAUAAAAAAGAAAAAUCGCAGGAAUUCA